AUCGAAUCUUCCUGCUUAGCUCCGAAGAGCCAUGGGCUCAAGAUGGGGUUUGUUCUUCUCUCUGCUUUCCCUGAUGUCCCUCCUGGCCCUCGCCAGGGCUCUGGCUCACACCAGCUUCCCCCAGUUUCUGCCUUGUGAACUUCGGCAUCCCGGUGUGGUGGACUGUGAUCGGCGAAGCCUGGGCAGCGUGCCCCCCUUUUUGGAGGCAACCCCAAUGGCCCUGGCCAAUGUCACGACCCUCCUGCUCCGGCACAAUCACAUCAACCACCUCCAACCGGCUCACUUUGUCCAGCUGAAAGGCCUGCAGAAGCUCCUGCUUCGAUGGAACUGUGCCCCCACCAUCCUCACGGUCCUCCGCCAGACCUGCCGGAUGGUCAUCGAGCCGGGCACCUUCCUGGUACUGCGCAACCUGAAGGAACUGGAUCUGUCAGGGAACAGCAUCACCUUCAUCCCCGAACUACCCUCAUCCCUGACCAGCUUGGUCAUCAGCUACACCAUGAUCCUUCGGCUGGACUCGGACACCUUCUCCGGCCUCCCCGGCCUGCGGUCCCUCUAUAUGGACGGCAACUGCUACUACAAGAACCCCUGCAAGCAGGAGGUGGAGGUGUCCCCCGGGGCACUGGAGCACCUGCAUCACCUGGAGAACCUGUCCCUCAAGUAUGAUAACCUGACAUCCUUCCCUCGGGGCCUGCCCACCAGCCUGCGGAUGCUGCUCAUCUCCUCCAACCACAUCGUGAGCUUAGCCCCACAAGACUUGGCCGGUCUGCCCGCCCUGCGGGUGCUCGAUGUGAGCAGGAACUGUCGGCGCUGCGACCACGCACACAACCCAUGCCAGGAGUGUCCCCCGGGUUUCCCCAAGGUGCACCCCGACACCUUCAGCCAUCUGGGAGCGCUUGAAGGCUUGGUCCUGAAAGACAAUUCCUUGAUUCGUCUGGACCCCCGCUGGUUCCGGAACCUGGUCAAUCUCACCGUGUUGGACCUCAGUGAAAACUUCCUCUCUGAAGACAUCACAGUGACAACAGCCUUUCAAAACCUGACCAGGCUGAAAAAGCUGAACCUGGCCUUCAACUACCACAAGAAGGUGUCUUUUGCCCACCUCCACCUGGCGCCCUCCUUCCAGAACCUGACCGCCUUGCAGGUGCUUGAUAUGUCAGGGAUCUUCUUCCGCUCCCUCACAAAGGCUACCCUCCAGCCCCUGCUGGGGCUCCCCUACUUCCAGAAGCUGCUACUUCCCAUGAACUUCAUCAACAAGGCUGAUCUGGGGAUCUUCCGCCUCUUCAGUUCUCUGCAGUAUGUGGAUUUAUCUGACAACAAGGUGACAGGUGGAAGCAAUGCAGUGAGGGGGAACAGAGCCUCAGAAGUCACUGCAGAGACCCUCCUCGAGGAGGACAGGGCCCCCCAGGACCAUCUUCCUACUCUGGGGGUGAACAGAGCCCCAGAAGUCAGCGCAGAGACCCUCCUCAGGGAGGAGGGGGACCCCCAGGACCACCCGCUCACUUCUGAGCUCUUUAUGCCCAACUGUGCCCCACCUAAUUUCACCCUCGACCUCUCCCAGAACAACCUGGUGACCAUCGGACCAGAGAUUUUCACUCAUCUGUCCACUCUCAAUUGCCUGAGACUGUCCAGCAACAGCAUCUCCCAGGCUGUCAACGGCUCCCAGUUCAGCCCGCUGAUCAACCUGUGGCUGCUUGACUUGUCUCACAACAAACUGGACUUGUAUUACAGCAGCUCCUUCACGGAGCUGCCGGGCCUGCGCGCUCUGGACCUCAGCUACAACAGCCAGUCCUUCAAGGCCCGGGGCAUCGGCCACAACCUGACCUUCGUGAGCCGCCUGCGGCAGCUGCAGUACCUCAGCCUGGCCCACAACCAGAUCACUACGCGGGUCUCGCACAGCCUCUCCAGCAGCUCCUUAAUAGCCCUGGACUUCAGCGGCAACGAGCUGAGCCGCAUGUGGGCGGAAGGGGAUCUCUACCUGCGUUUCUUCCGGAACCUCAGCACCCUGAGCCGGCUGGACCUGUCCCAGAACAAAUUGCGCACGCUGCCCGCCCAGGUCCUGGACAAUCUCCCCAAGAGCCUCCGCCUGCUCUGGGCCAAGGACAACCGCAUUACCUUCUUCAACUGGAGCAGCUUGAGCUCCCUGCCCAACCUGGAGGUGCUCGACCUCUCCAGAAACCUGCUGGGCCACACAAGCGCCCUGGCCAAGGGCCGGCUCCCCAACGGCACCCGCCUCCACACCUUGGGGCUCAGCCGCAACGGCAUCCGCUUCAUCGGCCGCGGCUUCUUUGCCCCCGCCACCCAACUGGAGGUGGUCAACCUGUACGGCAACGCGCUGAAGACCCUGGACCGGGACUGGUUUGGGGGGCUGGGGACCGCGCUGAAGGAGCUGGACAUCAGGGCCAACCCCCUGAGUUGUGGCUGCGACGCCACCUUCCUGGAUUUCCUGUUGGAGGUCCAGCGGGCGGUGCCUGGCCUCACCAAGGAGGUGGUGUGUGGGAGCCCCUUUCCGCUCAGCGGCAAGAGCGUCUUCCUGGAGGACCUGCACUCGUGCCAGGACCUGGUGCUGGCCUGCAGCUGCUUCGCGCUGUCCCUGCUGGGCACGCUGCUGACCCUGGCCUUGGCCACCCUCCAGCGGCUCUUUGGCUGGGACCUCUGGUACAUCUUCCACCUGGGCCUCUCGUGGCUGCCCUGGAGGGCGUGGCGGAAGAGGAAGGCCCCGGCUCAGACCUAUGACUACGACGCUUUCGUGGUGUUUGACAAGGCCCAGGACGCUGUGGCUGACUGGGUGUACAACGAGCUGAGGGUGCGCCUGGAGGAGGCCAAAGGCAAAGGCAAGGGGUGGCUGCGGUUCCGCCUGUGCUUGGAGGACCGGGACUGGCUGCCCGGCAAAAGCCUCAUCGAGAACCUCUGGGACUCGGUGUAUAAAAGCCGCAAGACGCUCUUCGUGUUGUCUCCUCGGCGGGACCCGCUGGUCAGUCAGCCGGUCAGCGGCCUGCUGCGGGCCACCUUCCACUUGGCCCAGCAGCGGCUAUUGGAGGACAAACAAGACGUGGUGGUGCUGGUCAUCCUGAACCGGGCAGCGGGCAGGUCCCGCUACGUGAGGCUCCGCCAGCGCCUCUGCCGCCAGACGGUCCUUUUCUGGCCGCACCAGCCCAGUGGCCAGGACGGCUUCUGGGCCCAGCUCUGCACUGCCCUGGCCACUAACAACCGCAGCUUCUACGACCAGAAUUUCUGCCGGGGACCCUGAGGCCUCCCUGAGGCCCCCCUGGCAGACUCCCGUCCCCCAUGGGAAGCCCUUCCAUGUUCAUUAAACACUCAGG